CCGACUCCCGAAAAUGAUGGCAACCGGCUGAUGACGCGAAUCGCGAUUACGUCCGAAAGAGGUUCAAAAUAGUCAUUGCUACAAAUUACAAUGCGGAAUUACGAGAAUAUGAUGAAGCGGUACCCACAGCGGUUCCGAAACCAUGCAGUGUGGAACCUGAGUCAACGAAGCGAUUCCUCAACAGACUCCAGUGAUGAGGAGGAGGAAGGGAGGGGUACCCCCUCGCCCCCUUUCACCGACAAUGACUCCGGGAGCGAAGGAGAGUCGGAAAGUUCACAGUCGGAAUCGGAGCCCGAGAUGCCCGGCGGGAAAGCAAGCUUUAGAAUCUUGGCCAGGAAAGUCCGUGGGAACUCGCUUCUUAAGUUAGUAAACUCCAAGCAACCUGAUUUAGAGAAAGCCAAAAGAGUCCUGGAGAACCUCACCCCGGAACAGAUCUCAAAGGAGAUAGCCACAAAAGAUGGGAGGGGUAACAGCAUUAUCCACUAUGCCUGUAUGAAGGUCUUAAUACCUUGGGUUGAGAUGCUCAUCCGACAUGGGGCAGAUCUUAAUGUGAGGGGUGCAGGAGGGAAGAGGCCCAUACACCUUGCUGUCAGAGACAAAGCUAGGCUAGAGGGGCAGGCAAAGGAUAAAGCUCAGUUGGUUGAACUGUUGGUUGCUAAUAAGGUGCAGGUGAAUGUCAAGGACAAUCAAGGUCAAACUCCUCUACAGCUCGCGUGUAAAUUUGACGGUCAGAAGAUGAUGGUCAGAGCUCUACUCUCACAUCCAGAUAUCCGAGUGGAUCAACCAGUCAAGUUUGGAAGGGUCAAUUCAAACCUUCUCAACAUCCUCUGCCACAACGGUCAGUUUGAGAGCGCCCUCUUGCUUCUGAAGCACGGAGCCAAUCCCCUCGCCGUCAAUGCCGCCAAGAACACCCCCCUCUACAUCAUCCUGAAAAAAGGCAACGUCAAGUACGCUUUGCGAUUCCUUUCGGGCUGUCAGCAUAGAGGAUGUGACAUGCGGAAGAUUUUGUUGGCUCAGAACAUCUAUCAGAAGACGGUGCUCCACGAGGUUAUCAAGACGGGUAAUGAGAUGCUGAUCAGGUGCUGUAUGCUCUGUGUAAGUCCAGAAGAUCAGAAAGAAAAUGCCUCUGCCAAUUAUCUUCUGGACGUCAAGUCUCGCUACGGAUCUACCAUCAUGCACACUGCCUGCAAACAGGGACACCUCGAUAUCCUCCAUAUGCUCCACGACCUUUGCCCUCUACUCCUCGAUGCAAAGAAUUCAAAAGGGCUGACGCCUCUGCACUAUGCCUGCAGGGGAAAUUAUGCCGAAGUCACAGAAGAAAUAUGCAUCAUGUAUCAAAGUCAUGACAAGGAGGUGAAACUAAAUUUAAAUGACUACGAAGUUGACGGAUCUCCAUCUCUGCUGAAGUUCACUGCUUUGAAAGGAUCUAGCGAUAGCCUGGUUGUCCUUCUCAAACACAUCAAAGAUUCAUCCAUCCUGAUUGAACUCAUCAAAUGGAUCUCAGUCGAAAAAAAUCUUUCUUUGGUGCUUCAGGAGUUGCUAAACCGGUUUGAUGACAUCAGUACAGGAUGUGAAUCUAUGGAGAUGGAGAAGAUUAUCCUGCUCUGUGCAGCCAAAGGACAGACAGAGAGUCUAUUGGAGUUUGCAUCAUGGCACAGGCGUUCUCUCCAUCUGAAAGACUCCCAAGAUAACAGUAUCAUGCACCUGAUCGCCCAGGGGGGUCAUUUAGACACGGCCAAAGCUAUCCUGAAGAACCAGGACGAUGAUGAUGUCAGACUCUGUGAACAGAAUAGUUUAGGACAAACACCUCUUCAUCUUUCGAUCAAAAAAGGCCAUAAACUAACCACCAAGCUUCUCCUGAAGACUGACAAGUCACUUGUGACGAUUCAAGACAAUAAAGGGAUGACCCCAUUGAUGUAUGCUUGUAAGAUAGGGAAUAUUCUGAUUGUGGAGAUGCUCUUUGAGCAGGAUCAGGAUCAAAUCAAGUUCUUUGAGUGUGACGCGAAGGGGAGGAAUUGCUUGGACCAUGCUAUCCGUAAUGGUCAUGAAAUGGUUGCCGUAACUCUGUUAUCACAAGAGAAGUGGCGGUAUCUGAUGACUCACUCUACCGGCGAAGGAGCAAACAAAACUACCCCCAUGAGGAAACUCAUCACAACUAUGCCAGGUGUCUGUCGUUUUGUCCUUGAUAAAUGCAUCACAAGACUGACAGAUACAGACAUGGACGACACAACAUCGGUAAAGAUCAAAGUCGACUAUGAGCUCCUUGAGGACUGGUUUUCUGAUUGGAUGCAAACCUCACCAACCUCUAGAAGCCGAGGGAACUUUGCUGAUAGAGGUUACGGGAUGUUGAUGCGUACGAUCAGCCAACUUGGGACUGCGGACUACCACCUCGACGAUGCAGAAGAAUCGGACUCCAAUUUCUACAGUGAUGGGAGAUUGAAAGAGAACGCAGUAAUAUAUGUGACCGACCCCGUCUACCGAGCUCAGAAUCAUCCAAUAAGGCUCAUGAUCCAGAAAGACGAGAGUAAAAUGCUCCUAAAUCACCCGGUCGUGCGCCUGAUGUUCCGCUACAAGAACAAAUCAACGCGGCUCAAAUACUGGAUCAGUCUGUUCCUCCAGCUGACCUUGGUGAUCCUGGUGACCGGACAUAGCCUGGUCAUUCCUCCGCCGUUCUACAUAGAAACAAACGAAGACGGCACCAACUACACGUGGUUGGCCGAUGGGCGCACCAAGUGGCUCGACAACAUGAAUCCGUCGGCUCUUGUUGUCUUUGGUCAAAUCGGCACCUGGAUAAUCAUCGUGCUCACUCUCAUCUACUUCAUAGAAUUUGCUUACCGUGUGUGGAUCUACAGACACUCGUCGUUGAACUCCAUCCGCGGAUUAGCCAGCAUUGUUCGAGAGAUGGCCCUUCUUAUUUUCAUCAUCCUCUUCAUCAUACCGGGCCUUGGUGAAUGGACAUAUGGCCAUGGGGUCAAGUUCAAACCGGAUUGGCAAUGGCAGCUGGGUGCAUUCGCAGUGUUUCUGACCUGGUUCAACUUUAUCCUUUUCCUGCAGACCGUCCCAUUCUUUGGUCUAUACAUAUUCAUGUUCCUCGAGGUGCUAUCAACUCUUCUGAACUUCAUCUUUGUGGUUGGUAUUUUCAUCCUGGCCUUUGCUGUUGUUUUCUGCAUUCUUCUCUUGAACCAGGAUCCUUUCCACACAAUGGGGAACUCCAUAGCUAAGAUAUUGGGUAUGGCCACGGGAGAGCUCAACUUUGACACGGUCUUUCAUUCCCUGGACUACCUCUACCAGCCCGUGGCUUCCAUCGACUUUACAAACAUGGUCUUCUACCCAGCCUCUACGCACAUCAUCUUCUUCUUGUUCAUUAUCUUCAUGCCGAUACUCAUCACGAACCUGCUGACUGGUUUAGCUGUGUACGACAUUGAGAUUAUUCAGAAGAAGGCCAAAAUGUACAAACGUACACUGGAGGCCAAAGGCAUCCUGGAUGUGCAGGACAACUCCGUGAUCUUGCUUUGGAAGCACAGUGUCCUACGAGACCAGGUCAAAAGCAUCCGAACCGAGAUCUCACCCAUGCACAAGCUCUACUACAAAGCCAUUGGUUACAAAGAGAUUCACGAUCAGCUCGUCGCCUUUCUGGAAGAACUGGAGAAAACGGGAAGCGUGCAGUUCACAAAAACAACGGAGAUGAAGAUCGAAGACAUGGCCGUAAACAUCAGCGACAUGAGGAACAAACUGAUAAUGCUGUCCGAGAAUGCGAUAGACUCGAAGAUAGAACAACUGGAGACCAUGAGCAGCAUGCAGGAACUGAAGCAGCAGAUGCAGUCGCUUCAGGAAAGGUUUGAUAAGAUAGACAGCAAGAGAGGUUACUAGGUAUCCACCUUGUCACAAUAGAGUACUGCCCCGUCUUGCAGAGAGUUACGAUUGAUCUGAUCAAUCGCCACUAUGGACGGCCAGCAACGUCAACAUAUAAAAUGCAUGCUUGUUUAACAAAAUUUCUAGAUAUAUCCAUUAAUUCAUUGAUUUCUUGACAAUUCGGUGUGUUCUCCUUCGUUUACAGAGGACGUUUUGCAGAUUUCCUGCAGAAAAAAUUAUGACACUGAUGGACUUCCAUAGAGUUACGAUUGAUUGGAUCAAUCGUAACUCUUUGUAAGACAGGGCUCAGGAAUGAUGACAUAAAAAACUUGUUUUGCAUUUCAGCAUUUUUGAUACCAUAUUUCAAAAGAACAUGAUGAAAUACUUCUACUAUGCAAAUUUGGUGGGAAUCGGUCCAUGGGGGUUUGAGAUAUGCCCUCAUGAGUACGUAAUUAGCCCCAUUGAAGUCAAUGUAUUAUUGGCAAGGUUCUAAAUGUUGGGCUACAAUUGCUCCGUCGUAAAUAGUAAUAUUAUAAAUUUGUAUAGCGCAGGCACUAUAUAGAUAUACUCUACUGCGCUUUGGUUACUCCUAUCGCUCAUACUACAUGUACUUACUAAAAAAAGAUGAUGAUCUACUUAAACACUCUACUGCACCGAUGUGUAUUCAAUAAUGUUUUGAAAGCAGGUAUGAAUUGGGCCAUUCUAAUUCUAAGGGGAUGUUGGUUCCACAGUUUCUGAGCUGCAUAGUCUCCAAGAGUUGCUUCGGUCUUAGAGUAUGGUAUUUUCAACAGGAAUCUAUCCUUAUCACUUUGCAGGUUGUGUGAGGUUGAUGGCAGUUUCAAGGAAAGCAAUUCUGAAAGAUAACUACGGACUGGGCCAUUCAAUGCUUUAAACACCAGUAAAAGUAUCUUAAAAUUCCACAAACUAUUUUCACAUGACCAACUUCAACCCUGGAUUUAACACUAUACCCUACCCUAAACCUAACAUAAACCCCAUUGCAACCCUAACCCUAUAUCUUAGAGGAAAUCAAGCCCGGAGCAAUUGUAGCCAGAGCAAAUGUUUAGGCACUGCUCAAUUCAUGAUCAGUGUGCGUAGAUGCACCUGAUAAUUUUUUUUUUCCUGGGGCUUUUUUUAAAGCUCACCGGUCCAAUUUUGCUUCAUUGUAAUUACAAUUUAUAUUAGACCCUAUGGCCCGUAUUCUGAACUCGGUUUUGGAUUAAACCCUGGUUUAAAGUUGUAGUUUAACUAUGGAGAGCCAAUUGGGGCACAAUUCUCUAUUAGUACAUGUUCAAUUUAUUAACUCUUAUGACACUCAAAUCAUUGAUAACUCUCUCAGAAUGAUAACGUAAAGUAUUUUUCUUCAUUAUGAAAGCAAAGGGAAACAAAAUAGUAAAUAUAAGAAAUAUACAAUAUGAGCAGAAUUUUUCUGGUCUUUAGCUCACCAUAAUUUUAGCACAGAGUUAGACCAUGGUCUAAGUGAAACCUGACUUCAGAAUACGGGCCUUUGGGAAUGUCAGGGUCUCUUAUUGAGUUUUUCAGGGCUUUGUAGGGCAUUCUGUUUCUGUAAAAUGUGGAAAUUGCAUUUAGAUUCUAGGCCUAGAUCUAGAUCUACGCUACCAUUGAGUACCUAGAAUGUAAAUUAGAUCCAGCUUAGGCCUAGAUCUACAUGUAUUUCAACAAUCAAAUAAUGCGAACGCGAAGCGCGAGCUGAAAAUUUAUGACAUUUUGACCUAAAAAUUUGACAUUCUAAGCACUCUUUGUAAUCGUAUACAGAAUAGGUAUAUUACUAAACAUCUCAUGCGAGCGUGAAGCGCAAGCGAAAAAAAUGAGAUCGAGACCUAAAACGGGACACACUAUUCAUGUUUCGUAAAUCACAAAAGGAUGACUAUGACAUGAAUAAUGCGAACGCGAAGCGCGAGAAGAAAAUUUUUGAAAUUUUGAAACUGGAUAAUUCAAGCGCGUUUUGAGUAAAGAACAAACUGCGUGUUUUUGAGAUUUAGACCUAGAAUCUGGGCAUUCUAGAUACAUUUCUUUUAUUAUGAAAAUCAAUAAAGCGCGAGCUGAAAAAAAAUUAUGGCGAUCUGAAGACGGUCAAUUUAAGCACUAUUUCAAGCAUCGUAGGAAAAUUGUGAAGUGGAUAUUUCUGUUUGUUUCUGUUUAUGGUAACUCCUGUAGGAACUCGGCAGGACAGCGUUUUGCUGGUAAACGCCAAGCUGGUAUAUAACCAAUUACCUCGGAAGCAUUUUACGUCUAGGUUAAUCAGUCAUAGUGGCUGACGUUAUAGACGACAGAUAUCACCCUCGGGCCUUUUUAUCCAAGUGGAGACAAUGGCAGAGUAGGGAUUCGAAUUCACAACCUUGCGAUUAUGAGUCCAAUGCUCUAACCACUGGACCACACGACCCGAUUUCAUGGGGAACUAACCCCGAACCUCCGUGUAAUAAUUUUCCCAGGGUAGGGUAGAAGACAGGGUAGAAUAUUAUUUAAUUGAUAUUCAAAUUAUUUCCAAGUUUUGUAAACUCCUUGUAAUAUGCAGCCUUUUAGCUGCCAUGUGUGGUUUAUAUGAACAGAUUUAUCUUCACGUUCAAUGAAUGCCUUUGAUAAUAAUACUCACCAUUAAGAAAGUGCAUAAUACAAUGUUUCUAAGUGCUACACAUUACAUGUUAAUGUUAGGUCAUGUAAAAGUAAUCAGGUUACACAGGGGCCGCAGAAGGGGGGGGGGGCUAGGGGGGAUUCAGCCCCC